AUGUUUUUAAUCAAACCCUUGGGGUUAUUCCAGAAGAUCUUUGUCAUAAAAUUAUCAUCGCGGACUGAUCAUAGAGAUUCAAUGUCAUUGUCCGCUGCUUUCACGGAUUUGAAUAUUGAAUAUGUCAAUAGCAUCGCUGAGGAUGAAGAGAAGAUAUUGUCUCCUGACGGUUCAAAAACGAAUCUUAAUGAAGCCGACCUGGAAGUUUGGCGAGCGCAUAAAAAUGUUGCUAGAAUGAUUGUCGAGCAGAAUAUAACGUCUGCACUUGUCCUUGAAGAAGGUGUCGACUGGGACCUGCACAUCAAGGCGCAGAUGCAGGACUUUGCAAACGCGUCACGCCUACUAGUUCAACCGUUACUCAACAAGCCGGACCAGCAUCUCGACCCCACCUACCCUCAGCCCAGCACAAGCCAAUACGCCCAGGAUUUCAUGGUUGGAGAGUAUUUUACAACCAACCCCUCAACAUCGCCAUACGGUGAUGUUGAUCGAUGGGACCUGUUUUGGUUGGGACACUGCGGCUGCCGAUUUCCACGCCCGAGCGACCGUAACGCUCCAUUAGGACGAGCCAUCAUUGCCCAUGAUGAGACAGUGCCCGAGCCAGAGCACGUCGACAUUCAAUUCGGCAGUGAAGAGCUCGUCCGUAAGUACCCAGCCCACACACGCGUCGUGUCGAGAGCGCGCAUGAACUCGUGCGCUCUUGGCUACGGGAUCUCCCUGCCUGGGGCCCGACGUCUACUCUACGAGUUUGACGUGCACGAAGUGAACACGGCGGACAUGGUGCUCCGUUCCAUGUGUGAUGGAGGAGAUGGUCGGCCGAGUCGCGCGUGUUUGACGGUCCAGCCGGAGCUUUUCCAGCUUCAUCGACCUGUAGGAUCCAGGUCGAGGUGGGGCGAUGUUUUGGGCCAUGGAAGCGGUUACAGUGAGCAGACCGUCACGAGGAAUAUACGAUGGAGUACAAGGGCGAAUCUUCGAAAGCUGGUGGAUGGCGAGACGGAUUACAUUGAGCAGUUCAAGGACAAGGAGCAGACAUCCAAGCUUGGAUAUGAGUAGGGUG